AUGGAAUACUUGUCUAGAAAGUUGAAUACUCUAAAGCAUGACAGAUUGUUCAAAUUUCAUCCAAAAUGCUCGAGAUUAAACAUCACCCAUUUAUUCUUUGCUGAUGAUCUUCUUCUCUUUGGUAGAGCUGAUAUGAACUCCAUUGUUAAACUUCAUAGCUGUAUGAAUGAAUUCAGUAAAGUCUCUGGUCUGAAUAUCAAUCCAGAUAAAUGCUCAGUAUACCUAAGUGGUAUUGAUGACAACCUGAAGCUCCAAAUAUGUUCAUUUCUGAAUUUCUCUGAAGGUUGCCUACCGGUUAGGUAUCUUGGGAUGCCUCCUAUAGCUAAGAGACUCUCUUGGUUGGACUGUUCCCCUCUCAUCAGCAAAAUCUCUGAAAAAUUCCAACAUUGGCAAAAUAAAAAGACCCUAUCUUAUGCUGGAAGGUUACAAUUGAUCAAGUCUGUCAUUUUAGGGGUGCAUAUCUACUGGACAAAUAACUAUAUCUUGCCUAGUAAAGUCCUAAACAAAAUUGACAGAUUAUGUUCUGAAUUUUUAUGGAAUCACAAAAUCCCUCUGGUUUCAUGGUCAACCAUCUGUCAAGAGAAAAGGUAUGGAGGUUUGGGUGUCUUUUCAGCAAGAAUCUGGAAUCAAGCUGCAGCUCUAAAACUUUUGUGGAUGAUUCAUAUCAAAAAGGAUCUUUUGUGGAUUAAAUGGGUGCAUGGGAAUUAUUUACUUAAUGCAGAUAUCUGGAGUGUACAGGUUAAAUCAAAUAGCUCCUGGAUGUGGAAGCAGAUUCUAAAAACCAGAGAUGUUUUGAUUGCUAAACUUGGCAACAUAAAUAACCUGAUUGCUAUCAUUGGCAAGUCAUGUGUAGGUGAUAAAGUUCAGGUUUCUUCUGUGUACAGUUUUUUGGUGCAACCUGCACAGCAAGUACACUGGGCUAAUACAGUUUGGAAUAAUAUUCAUUAUCCCAAACAUUCUUUCAUCCUAUGGUUAGCUGUUCAAUCAAGGUUGAUUACUCAAGAUAGGCUAUGUCGGAUGGGUAUUCUUAAUGCAAAUCAAUGUGUGUUGUGUACAAAUUCUCAGGAAACCUGUCACCAUCUAUUCUUUGAAUGCCAAUAUUCAUCCACUGUCUGGAACAUGGUGAUGGUUUGGAUGAAUUUCAGCUGGAAAUCAUGCAUAUGGGAUAGUAUCAUACACUGGUUCAGCCUCAGGCUCAAUAAGAGGGGAUUUGUGGAAAAUUUAAAGAGACUGGCCUUUGGUAUAACAGUGUACUUCAUAUGGCAAGAGAGGAAUCUUAGGAUUUUCCAGGGGAAAUCUAUGCAACCUGAUAUGUUGUUCAAAGCUAUUAAGAUCUCUUUUUUCUCGAAGAUCAUGAAUGAAAAAUAUCCUGCUCACUUAGAGGAGAGAAUUAGUGAAUUGUAA